CCGCCUUCCAGCCCACAGUUUCUUACUAGAGCUCGUCCGAGCAAGUGGUCCAGGAACGUUUCCAGACUUCCAGUCUCUCUCUCACACCACCACACACUUGGCCAGAACGUUUGGACUUAAGUGUUUAUUUUUCCGUCAAGAUGGUUGUAGCCAUGAAGGCCCUUGUGGUGCUCGUUUUGGGCACCGUCGUCAGUGGCUCUGCAAUCCCAAUUUGGGAACUUCUGACCCAGGAAGAAAAGAUGGGGCGACUAAUGUACAUCUUCAUACACCUUGUUGACCAGUACUGCAAGGACUCGAGUAUUCCAGAUUGCCAGAAAGUCUUGACCCUGUAUGGAAUGUCCAACCUGGUGAACGAGGAGGAACAGACUCUGGACUAUAUGGACCCUUACCAGAGGGAUUCCCGCAGCAUCAUCUGGGAGAAGGUCAUGAAGGGUGACUUCAAACUUCCUUCUCACAAGACUUUCUACCCUGACGAUGGCGUCCGCGGCCCCGUCUCGCCUGAUGAUGAAGAUUAUGAUCUCGUGAACGAAGUCCAGGACAGACCUUACUACCCCAACCAGCACAAGGCAGUCAACGACCCCCAUCCCUACGCCGUGCGAGUGCCAGCUCCCGCCAAAAUCGCAGCUGCCUACGCGGCCGCGAACUCCGACGCCUCCAACAGCCAUCCAUACGCCGUUCGAGUAGCUCCUGAGGCCACCCCCCGCCCCCCCUCAGGACCCGUGGGCAUCAAGGCGAGUGCAGACUUCGAGCCCAUGAUGACCGAGAGUCGAGUGUCUUCCGCUACGGUAAGACGCAUCUUGCCCACCUCGAACUCGGCAACCAACCGCUUCCUGAUGCGCACCAGAAGAUCCGCUGAGGUGUUUCCCGAGGAAGAAAUGGACGCCCUCCUGGAGCACGUCCUCGGAAACUGAAGAGGCCCUCGAGCAUCACCUGAUGUAGCUGGUAUACCACUUCCUUCUUCCUCCCCUUCGACCUUUCUUCACCCAUUCCGUCAUCUGCCGUAUACAAAGAUUCGACGAGGAACACCUAUGACUGCAAGAGUUAUCGCUUGUGAUUGAGUCCUACAAUUCUCUCUCUCUCUCUCUCUCUCUCUCUCUCUCCUCUCUCUCUCUCUCUCUCUGUGCUUUCAAGAACUGAGGCAAGACUCUUUGCAACUAUAACGUUGUUGAGUGCAGUGUUCCAAUUUCUCUAAGAGGCUUGUAGAUUUAAUGCUUCCCCUCCCUCCCUGUGUAUUUAAGAGGCGAACUUUGUUGGUGUACAUAGAAGUGUAAAUAGUAUUUAUGUCUAGUGUUUAUCUAGUCAGUUACGAGAAAAGGUGGCUCCUUAAUUAUGUAUGUGUAGGCCUACGAAGUCUUUUUUUUUUUUUUUUUUCCUUUUUUUUUAUACCAAGUGACUUCGUAAGCUACCAAUAUCAACACCAGUUUUUGUAAACUUUUCCCUCCCCGGUGCUAACCUACCAUCGGUCAAAAUCAUUUAGCAUAAAUACUGCUGAUUGUGAUCUACACAAUUCCACAGUUUCUACAGUUUAAUCCACGAACAGUCAGUCAUUCAGCUGAUGUAACCUGCCUGCAUAAAAAAAAAAAAAAAAAGCCAGCGUCUGCCUGUACGAGAAAGAGGCUGCCAGUUCUCGACAUGAUGAUUACAAUGACUUAUAACCACCUGUUGUUCAUCUCAUUGUAUCUGAUCUCGCGUUGAUCCUUCACAACCCACAACAACAUAAUCACAACGUCUCAUAAUCACCGUCAUUGUUGUUAUUAUUACCUGUCAUCCAAAAAUUCACUCACUUCUUGCAAACCGGAUCCUAUGACUAUACGUUUUCCUUUUUGCAUCAUCACAUUCAUUAUCCCAUCACUGUUAUUCAUGUGAAUAUUGUACAAAAUAAAGUGAUUUCUUGAGAA